AUGGCUGUGCAGGCCCAGUACCCCUCCAAUCUCCUCUUCCACGAUAGAGGUGACCCGGAGAGGGCGGACAUGGACCUGCCCAAGCAGCAGCAUCAGCAGCAACACCAGCAGCAUCCGCAGCAGCUCGCCGGACUCUCGCCGGCGGUCUAUUUUGCCAGUGGCGGAGCCAGUGGGAAUCGGAGGAAGCGCGCCAGGGAGGCCAUGGCGCCGCCGCCGCCGGCCAAGGAGGAGUACAUCGGCCUGUUCGCGCAGCACUCGGCGCCCUUUUUUAACAUGGCGCAGCUCCACAGCAGCAGGGUCGCGGCGUCCCCGUCCCCUGCCCCUGCCUCUGUGACGCGCGUGUCCACGGGCCUCCGCCUGGCAUUGGAUGAGCAGCAGCAGAGACAGAUUAAUUCCUUGUGUUACCCGUCCUCGUCGUCGCCACUCGUUCCCUUCUCCGAUGAGUUCGCCGGACAGAUGAAGCAGCACGGCGACGAGCUCGACAAAUUCGUCCGGGACCAGGGCGAGCAGCUCCGGCGGGCCAUCGCCGAUCGGAUGCGCCACCACAACCGGGCACUUCUGGUGGCGGCGGACAAGUCGGCCUCGCGCCGGCUACGGGAGAAGGCGCUGGAGGCGGAGCGCGAGGCGCGGCGCGGCGCCGAACUGGAGGAGCGGCUCGCGCGGCUACGCAACGAGGCGGCGGCGUGGCAGGCCAAGGCGCUCUCGGAGCAGGCCACCGCGGUGGGCCUUCACGCGCAGCUCCAGCAGGCCGCCUCCGCGGCGCGGGCAUCCUGCGAGGAGCUGGGCGGCGGCGACGCCGGCCCGGCCGAAUCGUGCUCGUCGGCGUACGUAGACCCUCGCCGCGCCGGGCCUGACCGCGCGUGCCACGGCUGCCACCUCGGGGCGGCCACGGUGGUGCUCCUGCCGUGCAGACAUCUGAGCCUGUGCCGUGACUGCUUCGCCGCCGGCGACAUGGACGUGGCCAUGGCGUGCCCUGUAUGCCAUUGCGUGAGGACCGGCAGCGUGGAGGCCAUCCUGUGUUGA